AUGGGCAUUAUAGCCGAGUUUAAAGGUGACCUGGUCGACGUGAUGGCCGGGGACGAAAUCUUGGGAUAUUCCCUUGAUGGGACCUUGGCGGAACUCUUUGAAGGGACUGCCGGGCACGCUGUAAUGGCGCGCGAAUACAAGACUUUUCUUCUUGUAACCGCGGACAAGGCCAGUAAGCGUCGUAACGGCAAGCUUUUUACAAACUAUGUCAACGCCCUAGCUACAUCGCCUCGGACGUGGUUCCGUAUGCGAGAUUGCGACGCGCUCGCACGGUUCACUAUGGCCUCUGCCCUGGCAUGCAAUGAUCUUGACGACGUUUGGUUGUCGGACGAACAAUUCGAUCUGCUUGCAGAAAUCGGCGAUACUCUGUACGACUCAGUGGCCUUUUAUAAACACAGAAGCGAGGGAGAGACGAACAAUACUUUCGCUUAUGUGCCUCACGAUAUUCGUGUCAAGUCCUUCCGAGUUGCUCGCGAGGUCCUGUGGGCGCUUGACGUGGCGUAUAUUCAUCGGCCUGAGGGGACCCUCCUAAUGAACUUUGUCCGAUUCUUUGGCGGUCCCAUACACAUGAUGAUGAAUCGUUACCGCUUCGUAGAGGAGGGUUUGACGGUUGGUAAGCCCGAGACUGAGAGCGUUGUUGCCCAGACUCGACGCAACGUCAAACUGUGGAAUCGUGUCGAUGCAGAGGCCAACCAGGCCGAUAGCAAGACACAAUCAGCUAAGGCAGCCGAAGAAGAACGUUACGAAGCUAUCUUAAGACGCAGCGAGGAGUUGAUGUUUCCAGAGCUUCCCACUUUCCUUAGACGAGGGGCUGAGCAGCGCCACUGCGAACGAUGUACCCAUCGUCCCACGUAUGGCGCGAAGGGUAUGAACACUUUCGGUGGCGUUCAGCUGUGCAAAGGGUGUUCUGCAAUGUGGCGUGGCUUCGUCGAGUCGCUGCCCGAACGUACCAAGGAAGUAUUUCCAGACAUUGACUUGAGAACACCACCCUCGGAGUCUGAAGAAAACGGGCCUCGCCUCAGAGACGACCCUUCUACAUACGAGAACAACUACUCUUUGAGCAAUGGCCAAAGCAGCGACAAACUAGUUUCCUCGGAGGACAUCAUUAUUAACGGACAUGGUGAGUGUGGUGCGGCGGCCGCAACUGCGGUGCCCCAUGGAACUCCUGUGCCAGGUCUGGUAUGA